AUGGAUAUCGGUUACAAAAGCGUCGUAGGCUUAAGGGCGAUGAAAGUUUUGAAUACGAAUCGAAUUUUGUUUUAAGUGAUAGAUCAAUUGUUGUAGAAAAAUUAGAACCAAUACAGAAAAGCUAUUUCUUGGAACCCAGAAAUAAUAUGAAAUGUGAUUUGCUGGAGUCAAUAGCUUCAAGAUGUAAGAAGUUUGUAAAUGAUUUUAAUAAGUCAGGAAAUACACGUUUUCUUAGAAAUGUUGUUCACAACAAAUCUUGGAAGGAGAAUGUAUCAAAACUUGGAAAGAGAGCAGAACGAAUACUUAGUGUACUGUAA